CCAAGAUAGGACAACUAUUGUCAAGGUCUCCUCUAACGGUCGUGCGUGAUCGCAGCAAUAUUUUCUCCGCUAAUGUUGUUCUUCUUUCAUCACGGUAAAAAUAGUCCAAUAUAAACUCGACAUAACUAAAAUUGAUUACUGUCGUUGUCGUCGUCCCGAAUCUGUGAAAUGUCCAUCGCAACCUGACUCAAUAUCUCGAGCAAGCGGCAACCCUUGCUGGUUCGUUUGUUUGGGAUCCCAUCUUGCAUACAGAUUGCCUCUGCUCAGCUCAUCUCAGCUCAGCUCGGCUGGUUUCGGCUUCGCUUGCUAGAGAUCAGUGGCGUCAUUUCGAACACGUGUGAGCUGAUGAUCCAAAUUAUGCGCGCACUCAAUCUACUUUCGUCUGCGGUUCUGACUCUGACACACGGUGGACACAGCCGGAGCAGAGGCCCCGAUGAGCGGUUCUGGUCGGUCUGGAUGGAUGUGGGAUGUUGAGUUUUUGCCAGUCGCGGUCGCCGUUUUCGUCGUCGUUGAUUCUCUUGAACGUCAUUACUACCACACUCUCGAGGCGGGAAUUGCGGCAUUCAAAGUCUUUUACCGCAUCGCCGUCGCGCGCGCGAUCUCGCUGUUUUCCAAUAACGGCGGCGGUGGUGCGCGGCGGCAGGCGAAAUCACCAUGAGGAGCUGCGAUGAGUGUUGUGAACACAGUAGUGGUCCAUUGAAAAAACGUGUUCGAGAUGGUGUGUCGGUCGAAUUUUCGGCCUCGGUAGACUGUUAUUGUCGGUACGUGCCCCUUGAGCUAAACGAGAGUCAAAGUUUUGGCCGUUGAGGAAAAUGAGAGGAGAGCCAGCUAACAAACCAUGCAACUGUUUUGCGGCAGCUUAGAUUGAAUUUUCUAUACAGUUUUGUCAUAAAAUCCGUCGAGUAAGGAGUGACGCGUAUUUUCACGGGUGAAGAGUGAAAUUUUUUCGAACGUGCGUUGUUUUUUUUUCAUGUGUUACACUUUGCCGGAGAUAUAUUUAUCUCGGUUCACCGUGAAGAAGCGGCAUUUUCUUCUGGGAGCAACUCAUAUCGUUCGCUGGUUGAAUGCGCGAGCCGUGGCAAUCAUCGUGAAAAAGCGAAUGAAUGUAACUUCAUGUGAUAAUGCAAUAUAUUGUACGUGAAAAUUACAUGAGAAUCAAAUAUGAAAAGAAGAAAAUGUGCCCCCAGCAACGAAUGAUUUCGAUUAAAUUAGAUAGAGUUACAGCUUGCAUCGAUAUCCAGAAAUAAAGGAAGAAAUGCCGGUUUUCGAAAGGUUCUGUUGCUGUGAAAUAAAUGAGUGUAUAGUGGAUUGCGAUAAAAGUUUUGGAUUGGAAAACCAAGUGAAGCCGUUCAAGAUGGCAUUGAUUCAAGGAGCAAUAUAUCAUGCCGAGUAAUAAAACAAACCGUCGUUGACUUCACCAGAUUCGAGAGCAGCUAUACAGGGCAGUCAAUUUUGUAGCAAAGUACCAACAGGAAUGAAAAUUGAAAGUCAGCUCAAGCCCGGAGCGUGGGAGUGAGUAUAAUCGCUGAGUGAGUGGUUGGUGGAUAAUUCGAGAAUGAAAAUGAAGCAAAUCGGCGCGGCGGGAAAGUGUUUUAGUACUUUGCUGUGAUUGGAUCGUAAAUUGAGAAGAAAAAAGUGUGCACCAGAAUAAAAUGGAACCAGAAGAAAAAUGAACGAAAAUAGUGGAGGCUGCAGCAACAGGCAUAACAAAAUUAUCUCCAUUCUAAUAAAAUAGUUUUGAUGAGUUGUUUCUGCUGCCGCGCAUUCGAGUGCAAUACAAGUGAACGAGCGGUGCACUGGGGUGCAUCCGCCAGAGUGUGUCCAACAGUGGCGCGGUUUGUGGAAACGAAUCGAAGGAAAAAAGUGUGGUGUAGAUUCGAGGAGCGGAAAUCAGCCAACGGAGUAGAAAAUAACUUCCGGCCACGCGCAACCGUACCGGAGCAAACCCGCUGCCGGUGGUCCUGACGUGGUCCCUAGGCCGGUAGUAUCAGUGGCCAUCGGCCGCCGGGUAGCCGGGAAAGCAUAGCCUACUACAGCCAUGGAGCGCAAACGUUCGAUCCGGCGGCGACAGAAACCACCGUUUGCGGAGCGGUUAAAGGAUAACUGCCGAAGUUUCACUGCAUUUAUGUUCAGCAAUGUGGGCAUUAUUUUUUUAGUCGUCCUCUACAUGAUUGCGGGUGCGUUCAUGUUCAUCGCGAUCGAAGGUAAUGAAGCUUUAGAAAGGUUUGCUCAAAUACCGUCCAAGAGAAUUGAGACUGCCAUGCGACUGUGGCAGAUAUCCUGCUGUGAGGUGAAUGUGUUCAACAAAAGCGUGUUCGAGGAAAGAGUAGGAGAAGAAAUUCGCGCCUACCAGGAGAAGAUUGUGCUGUGGGCUCGCCGCGGCUGGCAGGGGAGUGACAUCACGCUGGAAAGCGAGACGCAGUGGUCCUUCUCCGGAGGAUUCCUGUACUCCCUCACAGUCAUCACCACCAUCGGUUAUGGCAACAUAGUUCCUCGAACGGAGUGGGGCAAAAUUGCAACGAUAUUUUACGCAAUCAUAGGAAUGCCACUAUUCCUUCUCUAUCUUUCCAACAUAGGUGAUAUUUUGGCUAAAUCGUUCAAAUGGAUCUACGCCAAAUUCUGUUUAUGCAGGGUAUGUCCGGGUGUUGCUCGACGGCGUGCCCUCCGAGCCAGACGGAGAGCAAGGACUGAGGAACGUGACUACCAGUCGGAACUGGGUGAUAACGGGUUCGACACUGCCACCAUCACCACCUCCAACGUGGAGGACGAAAUCGAGGAAGAAAUCACUGCCGAGACGAACACCGUUACCGUUCCAAUUACAAUUUGUAUAAUGAUAAUGAUCGGAUAUAUAUUUUUUGGUGCUCGAUUAUUCGCUGACUGGGAAAACUGGGACAUUCUAGAUGGAAGCUAUUUUUGCUUCAUUUCAUUGAGCAGCAUAGGAUUUGGAGACAUAGUGCCUGGUGCUUCGCUGCAAACGAAAGGUGACACCAAGAUGGAAAUCAGCUUUAUCCUUUGCGCCAUUUAUCUACUGCUAGGCAUGGCCCUGAUAGCCAUGUGCUUCAAUCUAAUGCAGGAACAAGUCAUCUACAAAAUACGGUCCCUGAAAAAGUGCGUCCGUGGAUGCUGCCAGUGUAAGAAAAACGUACCGCCACCCAGCGAGGAUGACUCCGAAGGCUGAGAACGGCACAUGCAUUAUCAUUGAGAGGCUAGUGAAGAGAGAUAUCAACCAAAGGUCCCCUUGGCGGCCGUGACUUUCCGAAAACCGAAUUCUAACACACCCCUAUAGGCUAUAAGACGAGACGAGCGAUUAAAGACAUUGCGAGACAGUUGUUAAGUUUUUUUUUUUUCUAGUCGAUGUAAAUAAUUUUCAACCAAUCUUACUUUUUCAAAUCGAUUUUUCAGAGUGAAUAACUUAAGUCCAUUCGUUGUAAGGGAAUUCGGAUCUUAACGAUUGUUCAACAUUCCAAACAAAAUACAUAACGAAUUGUAA